UUGAGCGGCUAGCGCCGACCAGUAGUCGUCGGGAGCGAACACACGAUGCUGCAGCACCUUCAGCCACGCGGUGGCGGUGGCGACGGCGGUGGCGGCAGCGGCGCCGGCGCCGGCGGGGGCGGCGGGGGCGGCGGGGGGGGCGUCGUUGAUCUUCAGCACCCGGCCCGGCCGUUUGACGGCGCAGAGCAAAACCGGAUGCAAGACCAGCUGCGUACCAACCUGACUUCGGACGAGAUCUCGACGCGAUCGGGCGGCAGUGCCGGCCAGGUUGCCUACGUCGAAGGCUGGCGGGUGAUUGCCAAGGCGCAAGAGAUCUUCGGCUUUGAUGGCUGGUCGUCGAGGAUCCUCCAGCUGCAGAGAGAGUACGAGGACCAUGACAGCAAGAACGGCCGCUGGACGUACAGCUACUCCGCGACGGUCCGCAUCUCACUCCGCAACGGCACCUUUCACGACGAGGUCGGGUCGGGCUGUAAGGUCGACAAGGACCGAGGGAAGGCCAUCGAGAAUGCGCGCAAGGAGGCUGUCACCGAUGCCAUGAAGCGAGGGCUGCGCCUGUUUGGCCCGGCUCUCGGCCUCUCUGUGUACGACAAGGAGUACGUGACGGAGGCAAAGCGAGCCAAGCCGGCCGCCGCCGCCGCGCCCGCCGCCCUGCCGCCCCCCGGCCCGCCCGGUCCUCCGCAGCUGCGGCGGCAUGCUCAGUUUGGGGACGCGGGCCACGCUCAGUUUGGCGACGACCUCGCCGUGGCGGGAGGCCCGGGCGGCGGCGGCGGCGGCAAGAGACCGCUACCCUCUCCCGCGCCGCCGGGCGCCGCGCCGGUGGCUUGCUACGGCAUGCGGCACUGCGGCCCCGCCGGCGGCGCGGCGCCGGCUGUCGCGUGGCAGCACCCGCAGGCGGGCGGAGGCGGCAGCGGCGACGAGCCACACCAACGUGGCGCCUUGGCUCAGGUGUGGCCGCCUCCAACACCGCACCAGCCAAACCAGGCAGGGCUGCAGCCGCACCAGCCGCCGCCACCGCAGCAGCAGCAGCAGCAGCAGCAGCAACAGCAGCAGCAGCAGCAGCAGCAGCAGCACCCGCCGCCGCCGCCGCAGUACAUGGACCCGGGGCUGGACGAAGCCGCUAUGGCUGCUGCGGCGCAUCACUAUUGACAUGAGGCGGGCCCACCCUUGGCCAUGUGGCCGCGCUCACCCACGAGCGCGCGCCAAAAUUACGUUCCGUACGUCAGAGUCGUGCCCGUGACCGCGCACGCUCUCGCUCUCGUUAUGACACGGGCUGCCCUGUCCGGUGUCUGCGCUGCCCCGUCCUCUCCACGUCGGCGGAGGGCGCUCACUGCCCGCCUUUGCCGCGCGCACCCAGUGUCGUGAAAGAAAAAAAUCAGUUUACUUUUG